UGACACAAGGGUUUUUAUAUUACGUCUCAUAAACGUAAAGUUCUAUAGGUUCUGAUAAUAUAUUUCACACCUGACUAUCAACCAACACAGAUCAGAGAGACGACUAUAGCGGAGGAUCUGCAGUCAUGAGUGAAAAACCAGACGUGGACAAUGUCGAGAAAGGAGGGACCGAAGGGGAUGUACCAGAAACUUUCGGCGAAGAGAAACACACACGCGAUUUACUGUAUGCAGUGGACGAGGUGCCCCCGUGGUACCUCUGUAUCAUCCUGGGAUUCCAGCAUUACCUGACAGCGUUUGGCUCUACGAUCUCGGUUCCUUUAAUCCUGUAUAAAACUUUCUGCGUGGCGGAGGACAAAGUCGGACUUGGGGAGCUCAUCAAUACAAUAUUCUUUGUGUCCGGCCUAUGUACACUUCUACAGACUACGUUUGGAGUCAGACUUCCCAUUAUACAGGGCGCUACGUUCGCGUUCCUCGUGCCAACUCAGUCCAUCCUGGCCUUGCCGCAGUGGGCAUGCCCCUACACACUAGCCGAGAAGGGUUUGGUCAAUUUGACGGACUAUCCAAGUAUUGGUAGUCCAGGACACAGGGAGAUCUGGCACUCUCGGCUACGGGAGAUCCAGGGAGCCAUCAUGGUGGCGUCACUGUUCCAGGUUGUUAUAGGUUUCAGUGGCGCGGUAGGGGUGGUGCUGCGCGUGAUCGGUCCUUUAGCGGUCACGCCCACCGUUACUCUGAUUGGUCUCGCGCUAUUUCCGGAUGCGGCCAACCUCGCUGCAGAGCAGUGGUAUAUCGCCUUGAUGACAAUGUUUUUGAUAGCGCUGUUUUCUCAGUAUCUGCGUAACGUCACCAUACCUGUAUGUGAGUACCGGAGGGGGAAAGGGUGUAGCACAUACAAGCUGCCGAUCUUCAAACUUGUACCGGUAUUAUUGGCCAUGGUAGUAGCCUGGGGGAUAUGUGCCAUCCUCACGGCGGCAGGAGCCUUCCCCACGGACAGUGGAGGCUGGGGGUACAAAAGUCGCACAGACACCAAGAUAAGCGUUAUCGCAGAUGCACAGUGGUUCCGAUUCCCUUACCCAGGACAGUGGGGCGUUCCUACUGUAAGUUUUGCCGGAGUUUUCGGGAUGUUAGCCGGAGUUCUUGCGUCCAUGAUGGAGUCUGUCGGCGAUUACUACGCAUGCGCACGACUGGCCGGAGCACCGCCCCCUCCAGUGCACGCCGUCAAUAGAGGUAUAGGCAUGGAGGGCAUCGGCUGUAUCCUGGCCGGCGCGUGGGGGUCUGGGAACGGUACGACGUCAUACAGCGAGAACGUCGGGGCUAUCGGUAUCACCAAGGUUGGCAGUCUCCGUGUAGUGCAGGUAGGGGGCAUUAUCAUGAUUUUACUCAGCUGUUUCGGCAAGUUCGGUGCCCUUUUCGUCACAAUUCCAGACCCAGUCAUAGGCGGAGUGUUCAUGAUUGUCUUUGGUAUGAUAACAGCCGUUGGACUUUCGAACCUACAGUAUGUAGAUAUGAGUUCGUCACGUAACAUUUUUAUUGUGGGCAUAUCGCUAUUCUUCGGUCUUUCCUUCCCUAUGUGGAUGAAGAGUCACGGCAACGUCAUCAACACCGGAAGUGACGUCGCUGAUCAGAUACUCACAGUCCUUCUAAGUACCAGUAUGCUUGUUGGCGGGGUGCUGGGCUUUGUAUUAGACAACACCAUACCGGGUACACCGGAAGAGCGAGGUCUGACCAAAUGGCGAAGUGUGGACACCUCCACUUCCGGUGCCGUAGCGGGGUUUUCGGUGUAUGAUCUACCCCUGAUACAACCAUUACUGGAUAGGAUGUCUUGGCCGAAAUACUUUCCGUUCUGCCCUAAGUUUGACCCGUCAGUGUGUUCCUGUCGCCGUAACGUGACAGGUAAAAACCACUCAAAGGACAACAGUUAUCAAACAGACGACCAGAAAAUAGGAACCAUGGAAAGCAAUGUCGCUUUUGAAAACGACGACACACAACUUUAACACGUGUGUAGAAAAGACAGCGUUACAAGCGUUCAUCCAAACAUUUAGCUGAUUGAACAAAUGACAACAGGUUCAAACACAAGAGUCGUCCUUCCUUUCCUGUCCUGGUUACAGCCGCAAACACCAUCUUUGAUGUUAACGAAAUGAUACACUGUGUCAUGUUGAUUAGAAUAUCUUACUGGGUCGUAUAGGACGAUAUACUCAUUUCCUGGAACUUAAUGCCAGUUACUAUUUUAACGUUUGCGAGUUUAAUGAGUUUAGAUUUUAUUCCCUGUCAGCGCAAUAAACGGAUAUGACGUCAUAGCUUGUCACACUCCGGAUUUAUAUACAAUAAAAAUGCACGCGUGUUUUUAAGGUUGAGUGUGUGUGUCAGUGCGCCUGUGUAAGGUUGAGUGUGUGUGUAAUUUUGGCAGUACGAUGUGUUUGAUGGUGAGUCCUCGUUUGUGACGGUGCUUAUAUGUGGGAGAUGUUGUGUGUGUGUGUGUGGUGCGUGCGCACAUGUACGUGAGAUGUUGCGCGAGUGUGUUGUGUGAUAGUAUACGUGAGACAGACAGAGAGACAUUGCGCGUGUGUGGUCUGUACUGGUGUGGUGACAGUACAACUGUACGUGCGCGUUUGAGAUGUGCAUGAAUAUGACCGUACGUGUGUGAUUUUUUUAAUGGCCUCAAGUGCAUGUCGGGAGUCAAAGAAGUGUAGUUUUGAAAUAGUUGUAACACACAGUCACUAAUUAUAAUACAGGACAGUUAUGACUAACAGUUAUAAGAUUGUAGCAGGAAGGAUAUAUCAAUAUUGGACCUUCAAAGGGAGACAAUAGAUAAUGAAACAUAUGAUAGGUAGUCUCUUCUUGCAGAUUCAAGGAAAAUGGACCGAAAACCUGCCUUAAUGACCACCUGGAUUAAACGAUCCCUCCAAGCAGUUUACAUAAUGCUUUAGGGACUGGUAGGAAGCAAGAUUGAGGUUUGGACAGGCUUUCAUCGGGAAUUUGGAGAGUUUUUACAUUUUAGUUUGAUCACAAACACUCCAAACAGGAUCUUUCCACUUCCGCAUGUAUGCCUUCCUUGGUCCCAAAUUUACACUUUACUGUUAAACGUUUGAAACGACAAUUUGAUACACAGCAGAAUGAUUGGUUUGUGACGUCAUGAUUCAAAGACAAACGAUAAACCUAGAAGUGAUGAAUACCGUCGCCUCUGGGGUCAUUUGUUUCACUGAGAUUUCCCGUCUUCCAAAAGAAAGUCGUGUUUGAUGGUGCUAUAUAUUGAUAGGAAAACCGUCAUGUUUUUUUUUAUAAUUCAUUUUAUUUUUUUAUUUCGUACAUUUUAUGAUCAAUUUUAUAUAAAAAUAAGAUAGUUUAAAUAUAAUAUAAUGUAUAUGUUGUACUUAUAUAUACUGUAAUGGUGAUUUAUUUGAUUAUUAUACCUGAAAUUAUGUCAGUCCAUGAUACCAAGUUUCGAUUGGGCAUUGAACUAAGUUGUGGUGACGUCAUUAUUGACUAUGAUCACGUAAUAAAUGACGUCAGAAAGACUAUCUCAGAAAAUGACUAAUAGGUCUACUACUAACAUCAGUCCCUCAUACAACGAGACCCCAGUAUGCAAGGUUUAUAUAAUUCUUGUUAAACAUUUUUGUUUAUUCUACGCAAAUUAAAAUGUCAUUUUUAUAAAGACGUU